AUGUCUUCAAAACAAGAUUCCCAAGUCAAACCUGACAAAAAUACGCCCCUCGAGUCGCCCAAGUCAGAGUAUGUGAAACGCAAAAAGAAAAAAGCAAAAUCAAAAAGUACGAUAGACGAAUAUCGUGCACAGGCACAUCAACAAAAUAGCACAUAUCUAAAACCAAAUACGAACGAGACAACUAACAAAAAUAAACAAGUAUCAGUAACGAGGUCACCCCCUACACCAGUGGAGGAUCUUCAUGACAACACGAAAAAAGGCGUGCAAGUCCCGACUGAAACGUUCAUGUUGAUCCUACGAAUCAAACUUUGCGAGAAAUUCGAUGCAACAUAUACAUUUGGAAAUAAGUUUGGAAGCCAUUCUGUCCAAAGCAGGGCUCUUUUGCAGCUUGCAAAAGAUCUAGAGUUAGCUGUGGUUGGUAUAAGUUUUCAUGUUGGUUCUGGAAUAAAAGAUCCUAGGGCAUAUAUAGCUGCGAUAAAACAAAGCAGGAGAGUUUUUGAUAUGGCUGCAGAAAUAGGCUUCAACAUGAACGUACUUGAUAUUGGAGGGGGUUUCCCAGGAGCGCAAAACGCAUUUGAUUUCUUUCAUGAGAUUACUAACGUUGUGAAUGAGUCACUGAAAGAAUUUUUCCCACCAGAAGAAGGUGUGGACAUCAUUGCUAAAUCUGGUCGCUAUGUGGUAGCUUCAGCAUACACGAGUGUGGUAAACAUCACUGGAAAACGAUGGUUUCCAAAGAAAAUCUUAGAUCGUGAAAGUGGUAAGAUGCAUAUUUUAACAUUGAUUGUAUCAUGUACUAUAUGCAGAAAUUUGAUAAUGUUGAGUAGAACUGUAGGUAUUUUCCGUUCCAUUACGUAUAACCAUGCAUACUCUGUUAUGGCCGAAUAAUGCCAAAG